AUGCCUCCUAAAACCAAAGUUAAGAUGGAUCUAGGCUCGUUCCUUGCGGACGAAAGCUUCGGAGGUUCGUGGGCGGACGAGGAGUUCGACAUGAACACUCUGGAGGUGCCUGUUUCCAAGCCUACGGGCGGCAGAAGCGGUGGUUUCGAAGAGAGAGAUUUCGAAAGAAGAGAGUAUCCUGUUCCAGAUAGUCCUCCAUACACGGCCAGAAUCAACAAUCUGCCACGCGAGAUUCUGGACGAUGACGUUCAGGGCUUUUUCGCAGACAAUUUGAAGAUGAUCGACCCUUUUGACGAGAUAUUAGAUUUCCAUGCCCCUAAGGACCAGCAGACCGGUACCCUUAGAGGAUUUGCGUUUAUUACUUUUAAAAACAGAAAGACAUUAGAGGACGCUCUGAAGCUGUCGGGACAGGACUUGGGCGGCCGUGUUGUGUACGUGAGCGUGGCUGCUCCUUCGAAAGACUCGUUUGGGGGCCGUGGAGGCCGCCAGCCUCAGGCAGAGAUCGACUGGGGAUCGAUGCGUGACGGCCCAAGAGCCGAACAGCGUGGAGACAGAUUCCAAGGGGGACGUGCUGCCGAGCCGGAUUGGGGAGCUGCUAGAACCAGGGCCGACGCUCCAGAGGCAAGAAGAGACCGGUUCCCAAGAAGAGAACGAGCUCCUGAGCCAGACUGGUCUGUUGUCCGUGACAGCGCAAAUAAUGUUCCUGAGCCACGGGGCGACCGUUUCGGACCUCGCAGAGAGCCAAGAGAGCCAAGAGAGCCUCGCGUCCGUGCUCCAGAGCCAGACUGGAGCGCUAUCAGAAAUAGAGAGCCUGCUCGUGUGGAGCGUGCUGAACGUCCAGAGCGUGCUGAGCGUGCAGACCGUCCUCCAAGAAGAGAGCGUGCUCCAGAGCCAGAUUGGAGCGCGGCCAGAAACUCUGUGGCCGAGAGCGCUCGCAGAAAGAGCGACACCACAUUCAAGCCAAAGCCAAAGAAACAGGAGCCUGCCAUCGAUUGGAGCAAUCUCCGUGGCUCUGCUCUGAAUAAGGAAAAGCCAAGAGAAGCAUCCAAGUCGGGAGCUAAAGAAACCAAGCAGAUCAAGACCGAUGGUCCUAAACAGUCUUCUUUCAAUGUUUUGAGCGUCGAUGACGAUGAAGACGAAGUGGAAGAAGCAGAAGCUGGAAUAAAAAAGCUGUCGGUUGAAAAUUGA